UAGUCCAAGGGGGAGUGUGUUCAGCGGGGCGGGGCUACUCGGCGGCACACUAAAGGACCAAGUCAAGUGCUCUCGUGCGUCAAUGUUUUGCAGCCGUUUCGCAAAGGACAACUCAUUUGUAUUGGAUUCAAAGUCGUUUAAGUUUUUUUUUUGGAGAAUUAAAGAAAGAAAAAAACUUUUUUAAGGUGAAUUUUUGAUGGUGAAGUAGUCGACACGCGGAGGCUGAGCUGCCUGUAGAGACUCGUUAAGUUGCAGCAGCGACGGUGCAGCUUAAACCAGAAACACAUGGAUGUCAGGAGGGGGAGGCCCAAUGAUGCUGCCCACUUCAAUCUACUCGGCUUCUGCACCCAAUAGUCAUGUCAGCCAGCUGAGCAGGUACCUGAGCAACCCCCACAACACGCCUGAAGAGGACGAUGAGACCAUGAGCUCUAAAGAGCAAGAAGCCAGGGGCGUUCACAAGCCAGACUCUGCCCCCAACUCUGAUGGCUACCGCCCCCCUCCGGAACACGCCACCUUUGCCGAUGACUCCCUGUUCAGCAGACAGAGGCCGGACAGGGAGCAGGAACACAAACACAACCAGACUCUCUCUCAACCUGGCUCCAGCUACCGCGUGUACCAGCCUCCCCGCAGCUUGCCGGCCGGGUACAGCCAGCCGACGCCGUUCCCCAGCCGGGCUGAUGGCGCCUGGCUCCACCCGAGCUUUGCCAGCAGCUGGUCCGGGUAUCCCAACAGCCUGCCGUCCUCUCUGAACCAGAACGAUUACUCCAGCUGUUCUGGCGAUAGCGGCCUGUCAGGGUACAAGUACAGCACCAGUAUGGGCAGCUUGGAGCAGCCGCUCUCUCUGUGCUCCAACCCGCCUUCAGGCAACUUGUUCCACCAUACUCUGUCUCCGUACACGUGCUCGCCCCAGGGAGCCGCCUGCUGCGCCCAGUGCCCCGCAGAGGCUUUCAACAGGGGGCCUGUGGCCAACAAACCCCCCUGGCCUCAGUACCACCCUUAUGGCCCGUACUAUCCAGGCGCCUGCAGACUACCUGGAGCUGGAUACACACAAAUGGGCCACAACCCUCCAGCUAAAGAGAAGCACCCCCCUCACAGCACACCACUCUCUCUGGAGCAGAGGAGGGUGUUUGUCACUUACGAAGCGGACAACGACGAGCAUGUCAACGAGAUCAUCAACUUUGUUGCUCUGUUGCGACACAACGGCUUUGAUACGCAUAUUGAUAUUUUUGAGCAGCAGUUCAGGAGUAUAAGCAAGAUAGACUUCAUGGAGCGGUACAUCAGUGAGAAAGAGUACCUGAUCAUCAUCAUCAUCAGUCCUAAGUACUACGAGACGGUGACAGCCUCCCCGUUCGGCCUGGUGAACGACGAGCGGACCUUCAACACCGUCUACAUCCAUAAACAGCUCCAGAAUGAGUUCAUCCAGAAUGGAAGCAAGAAUUUCAGGUUUAUUCCCAUCGUGUUCCCCGGGGCUAAAAAGUGUCACGUCCCCAACUGGCUCCAAAACACGCACGUCUACGAGUGGCCGCUCCAUCGCGAUGACAUCCUGCGGCGGCUGAUGAGGGUCGAGAAGUACAAUCCCCCCCCCAUCGGGGAGCUACCGACCAUUGUUUCCAUCCCCAUAUAGACGUCUCUGACCUGAAGACACAGACUGGACUGAGAAACAUGGGACACGAUGGGCAGGGUGUUUGAUUUGAUGCGCUGUGUGAAUAUGUUGCGUAUGUAUAAUUUAUGCCUUUAAAUUCCACAGAACUCCCAGGCAGCACCUUGACGUUAUACUGGUGCUACGCUAAGUUAAUUACUUUCACAGCCUGACAAAUGCAAUGUUUACUUUUUAAAAGCAUAAUUUAAAAUUCAGAUUUUAUAGAAUUUGAACGCAUGAAUGUAAAUGAAAGAUUUUUCAUAUAUUAUGGGACUUGUAAGAUUAAAUAGAUAUGAUAGUCUGAUGACUGUAUAUUUGCAGAUUGGACAGCAGAGCUUUCAUUUAUGAGAAGUAAACAGUGAUGGCUAAUUCUCCCUCAGUUAUAUUAUCUUUCUUAUUAUAGUCUAUCUAAUGUAAACAGCUGCCCAGCCUGACGGAGGUACUACGUAUUUGGAAAAGCAAAAUUAACAGACGAUGCCUAAAAAACAUCAAGUGGAGGCGGAUUUAGAGUUCUUUUAGUUUUUGGGGGGGGUCAUGCACAGCUGUGGAAUAAGGCAGCAUUAGAGUUAUACAUUUAUAUAUUAAAUUAUGGACAAAACUAUUUAAGUAUGUGUUUUUUCUAAUAUUUCUUUAUUAACUAACUAACAGAUUCCCUGAUUUAAGUUUACGGUCUGGAUUUUCACAGCACACAGAAACAAAAACGUCCAAUAGAACCAUCUAGAACAACAUGUAGGAAAAAAGAAAACCCGGUUAAUUUGGUAAAUUAAUUACCAGUACAUGGUACCAUGAUACACCACAGAUGAAAGGUGAUGUUAGACAUGUUGUAUUUUGUACAUUGCUUAAUGGAUUUCUUGUAAAACUACAAAUGUUAUAAUUAAAAGUGUAGAACUGCACAGUGUGUUUCAGGUGAUAGUGUGUUGGCCUGCGUCACAAACUUGUCUCUACGCUGACCUCUCCGCUGUGAGACACAGUAGACGAGUAACGCCGGCCCCAAACACGACAGGUAACCGCAGACAAGCAGAGACCUGGGACUGGUUCUGCCUGCAGGGCUACUUUGGCACAAUUCUGACAGAGAGCUGCAUUUCGCCACAUGAAAACGUUAAGGUUUAGGAAUGUUUUGCUAUUCAUUACCUGCAGAUCUGCCAACACCCUGAUUACGUAUGACAGUUUGUGCCCCCAUCUGACCCCAGACCACUCGCCUUAUUUCAUUCUGGAGCAAUUCAGCCUGAGAGCAGAGAGGCAGAGCUCCAGCUGAGUGACAUCGUGCCGCUCCUCAGCUUCUAGUGGCUGGGGUGGAACGGCUCAGACAGGAUGUUGCAUCAAGAUAAGUAGCUGACACGGCAGCCUGUGUGGUAGGACUUCUGAAGAAUAGGCAAGUUUAGACUGAAAUGGGUCAUCAAAACCUGUUUGUGGUGAGAGAAAAAUCACGUGUGACACUGACAUUUACAGAAUGGUUGUUGUGUGGAGAAUACGACGUGCUCUUCAUCCCAGCAGUAAAGCACAACAUUAACCCGGUUUGUUACAUGCAUGUGCAACAUUACUGAUUAAAGAGCCGAGCAUCAGGA